AUGGGCGGUACCGACUGCUUACCAUCAGUAUCUAAAAGUCAAGAAGAGCGACCCCAAGAGAAGAAACCGCAGUCGGUGAGAGAUCUCCUGAACACAACAUCAUGCAUUCAACCGCCGUAUCGGUGCCCACAUCCCAAGAUGCAGUUUUAUUUAUACACAAGAACAACGCAAGAAAAAGGCGAGUUAAUAAAUACUCUAGACAACGACUCUUUAACGUAUUCUAAGUUCAACACGAAACACCAGACAAAGGUCGUCGUGCACGGCUUCGGAGGAGGUCGGAACCUCUCCCCAAGUACCGACAUGAGGAAAGCUUACUUCACGAGAGGAAAUUACAAUAUUAUCAUUGUGGACUACGGAUCGCUUGUAAAGGAACCCUGCCUUAGUCAGAUUGAGUGGGCUCCUCGGUUUGCGGGUCUGUGUAUAGCUCAGUUAAUCGAGUACCUGCAGAACCACCCAGUAAAGGCGGUGCCUCCAGAGAAACUCCACACGAUAGGCUACAGUGUAGGAGCUCACAUACUUGGACUCGUCGCGAACUAUUUACAUGAAGGAAAACUUGGCAGAAUUACUGGUCUGGAUCCGACUAUAUUCUUCUAUAUGGGCUCGAAUCGGUCUCGGGACCUCGAUUACACAGACGCUCACUUUGUGGACAUCCUGCACACUGGUGCCGGCAUCCUCGGCCAGUGGGGCCCUAAUGGACACGCAGACUUCUACGUCAACGGAGGUUCCAGCCAACCUGGCUGCGCCCAUGACACAAUUUUCCAAACUCUUUCAUGUGAUCAUACAAAAGUGACGCCGUACUUCAUAGAGUCUAUUAACAGUCGCGCUGGUUUCUGGGCGGGACCGUGUUCCAGUUUGUUCUCGUAUCUCAUCGGGUGGUGUGAGCCUAAGGAUACAGAAUACGUGCUCAUGGGUGAACAUGUUACUCACAAUGCUAGAGGAGUUUACUACGUAACAACAAACGCGAAGCCGCCAUACGCCAGAGGGUUCCCGGGCAAAUCUAGGAGACUUCGAUCCAUAACGCCUUACAGCUGAUGAAUUAAAUGGAAAAUUUUAGGCAAAUUAAACCUUACCAAAAUAUUUAAUAAAAUUAAGUAGAUAAGUUAUUUUUGUCGGGGCUCAAUAAAGUUAAGGAAUCAUGGGAUGCGAUGAAUAGAGAUGAAAAGGUAUACAAAAAGUUAUUUAAAUGAAAGUUGUCAAUAUUUCUGUUUUUUACACAAACAUAAUCGCAAGUCGUAAAAUAAAACCGACUAAAUGAUGUAACAAAGAAAUGAAUUAUGAAACUUAUUGAAAAAUAAUCUUAAUCCUGGAGUUUCUUUUGUUUGUUUUCCUGGAGUUUGGAAACAGCAAAUAGCUUCACUAGAGGACAGACGGACAGAAUGACAUACACGAAUUUGAAUUUUUUUAUAUAUUUCUUUGUUUAACGUUUUAAAGUGUCUUUACUGGUCUUUUUGAAAUAAAUGAUUUGACUUUGAUUUUGACACAUUUCCCCCACUUACAGGGUUGAGUCGUACUUGCUAAACUGGGCCUUGUAUGAAAUAUUGAUUUUCUU